AUGUCUGCAGACAGCAACGCAGCCGCAGAGUAUCUUCAGGAGUUCAAAGAAAUUACAUCCUCCUACUCACCCCAGCAAGUGUACAACGCUGAUGAAACGGGGCUAAAUUUCAAAGCGUUGCCAACAAAGAGCCUAGCUUCAAGAGAAGAAAAGUCCGCUCCAGGAUUUAAAAUGGAUAAGCAACGACUAACCGUAUUAGCAUGCAGCAACGCUUCCGCCACCAAUAAGAUACCUUUGAUGGUUAUCGAUAAAUUGAGGUUACACAAAAAACCUCUAUGUUUUAAAAACAUGAAUAUGAACGCUCUGCCGGUUUACUAUAAAAACCAAAAGAAAGCUUGGAUGGAUCGUGCUUUGUUUCAAGAAUGGUUUGAGAAACAAUUUGUGCCCAACGUGAGAGCCUACAAUGAAGAAAAUGGACUGCCUGAUAGAGCGUUGUUACUCAUAGAUAACGCUCCGUCCCAUCCGGAUGACUUAGAGCUGGUUAUUGGUGAUAUAAAAGCCAUUUUUCUACCACCGAACGUUACUUCGAUCAUACAACCAAUGGACCAAGGAGUUCUACAAGCGUUGAAGCAAAAUUAUCGGAAAAAGCUGCUCCGAAGCCUGCUUGAGGAAAAUGAAGACCUCACAAUUCUCCAAAAGCUUAAGAAAAUCACGAUCAAAGAUGUAAUUUUCUGGGUGGCAGAGGCUUGGGAGAACACAAGCGUAGGAGCUCUGCAGAAAUCUUGGAAAAAUCUUUGGCCUGAUCUGCAGUUUGUUGAAGAGGUUGUUCCACCGGAGUACACAGACGAAGACAUCGUGGCACAGGUGCAAGGAGUCCCAGCUGAUGACUCAUGUAGCAGUGAGGAUGAGGGAGACGCCCAAACUACCGAUAUUGUUCCACACAGCGCAGCUGCAAGUGCCUUUGACCUCGCUCUACGCUACGUCGAGCAACAUGCCGCUGCUACUCCCAAUGAC